AAGCAAGUGAGCAUCUCCCCGGAUUAUCUCUCGUCCUCUCGAUCUCUCUCGAUCUCCGGAGUUCGGCGAUUUCUCGUCAAACCCUAAGGAAUCGCGAUCUGUCUUGCUCGGCUCGCCGAGUUCGCUUCACUCUUAGCUGCUCCAGCUCAGGUUCUCUCUCAUUAGCUGAGAUCCUGCGGUUGCCGUCUUGCUGUCGGGGUGUUCCGGCGGAGGAUUGCGGGGGGUUUCGAAGUGAAGUAAGUUGUUCCGACUUUAAUCUCGAAUCUGGGUCUUUCUGAGUCCAUGAGGACUACUGCGACGGCUCUAGUGUUUCUGUGUUUGUCGGCAUCGUUGUCAGUGGUUUUGGGGGCUGACUAUGUGCCGAAGGAUAAAAUCCUGCUGAAUUGCGGGGCGGAUCCGCAGACCACCGAUCCCGAUGGCCGGAUAUGGACCUCGGACAUCGGUUCCAAGUUUCCAUCCUCUACCGCGAACACGAUCACGGCCACGGCCGCCACGCAAGACCCUUCGGUGCCCCAGGUCCCGUACAUGACAGCGAGGAUUUUCCCUUCUAGCUUUACUUAUAGUUUCCCCGUGGCAUCGGGUCGGAAAUUUGUCCGGUUAUACUUUUAUCCCUCUAUGUACGAGACGUAUAAUGCUUCCGAUGCCAUAUUCUCUGUUUCUGCGGGGGAUUAUACUCUUCUGAAGAACUUCAGUGUGGCCCAAACUACAGAAGCUUUGAACUUUGCAUAUGUUUUGAAAGAGUACUCGGUCAACGUUGUGGGGGAGACACUGAAUGUAACUUUCAGUCCCUCUAAGAACUAUCCGAGUGCAUUUGCUUUUGUUAAUGGGAUCGAGAUUGUGUCAAUGCCUGACAUUUAUAGUGCGACUGAUGGAACUACAAUGAUCGUCGGUCAGACUGCUCCCUUCACCAUCGAUAACACCACUGCUCUUGAGAAUGCUUAUCGAUUAAAUGUGGGAGGUCAGGAUAUCUCACCGUCUGGUGACACGGGGCUGUUCAGGUCCUGGUAUGAUGAUACUCCUUACAUAUAUGGUGCUGCCAUUGGGGUCACAGUGACUGCUGGUCCAAAUAUGACGAUUCGUUAUCCUUCAUCCAUGCCUACUUAUGUUGCUCCAGUUGAUGUAUACGCAACUGCAAGAUCGAUGGGACCCAAUGCAAGUGUCAAUCUGAACUACAACCUCACUUGGAUUUUCUCUGUUGACUCUGGGUUCAAUUACCUGAUUAGGCUGCAUUUCUGUGAGUUGGCUGAUGCCAUAACGAAAAUAAAUCAGAGAAUGUUUGAGAUCUUCAUCGGCAAUCAAACUGCUGACAAUCAGGCUGAUGUAGCUGGAUGGACAAAUGGCAAUGGAAUCCCUAUUUAUAGGGAUUAUGUGGUUCUUGUUCCAGAUGGAGGUUCGCAGCAGGACUUGUGGCUUGCCCUUUAUCCAAACACGGCUUUGAAAUCUCAGUAUUAUGACGCAAUUUUGAAUGGACUAGAGAUUUUCAAACUUAGUGAUGCAACUGGCAAUCUUGCAGGGCCUAACCCUAUUCCUGCACCAAAGCAGGAUGUAAUUGAUCCCUCACGGGCUAGAGUAACACCAGGCUCUGGUAAAUCAACUAAUCAAACAGCAAUUAUUGCAGGAGGGGUUAGCGGUGGAGUUGUUUUAGCCAUAGUGAUCGGUUUCUUAGCUGUUUGUGCUUCACGUCGCCGUAGGCAUGGGAAGGAUUCGAGCGCAAGUGAUGGACCAUCUGGCUGGCUUCCUCUCUCUCAUUAUGGAAACUCGCACUCUGCGGGUUCUGCAAAGACGAACACUACUGGUAGUUAUGCAUCGUCCCUGCCAUCAAACCUUUGCCGCCAUUUCUCUUUUGCUGAGAUUAAAGCUGCCACCAACAACUUCGAUGAGGCUCUCCUCCUUGGAGUGGGAGGCUUUGGCAAAGUUUACAAAGGAGAAGUCGACGGCGCAACGACUAAAGUGGCAAUCAAGCGUGGGAACCCCCUCUCUGAGCAAGGUGUGCACGAAUUCCAAACUGAGAUUGAAAUGCUUUCAAAGCUACGCCAUCGUCAUCUUGUUUCAUUGAUUGGGUAUUGUGAAGAAAAUUGUGAGAUGAUCCUUGUCUAUGAUUACAUGGCUUAUGGAACACUCCGCGAGCACUUGUACAAGACCCAAAAACCCCCUCUCCCGUGGAAGCAAAGACUUGAGAUUUGCAUUGGAGCUGCUCGUGGGUUGCACUAUCUCCACACUGGGGCCAAGCACACGAUCAUUCACCGCGAUGUGAAAACCACCAACAUUCUUUUGGAUGAGAAGUGGGUGGCAAAGGUCUCCGAUUUUGGUUUGUCCAAGACUGGUCCUACAUUGGAUCACACGCAUGUCAGUACUGUUGUGAAGGGUAGCUUUGGAUAUCUGGAUCCUGAGUACUUCAGACGUCAGCAAUUGACUGACAAAUCUGAUGUGUACUCCUUCGGAGUUGUGCUGUUCGAGAUCCUCUGUGCACGCCCUGCUUUGAACCCCACGCUGCCGAAAGAGCAAGUCAGUCUGGCGGAAUGGGCUGCUCAUUGCCUCAAGAAAGGCAUUCUCGAACACAUUAUGGAUCCUCAUCUGAAAGGGAAAAUUGCACCGGAGUGCUUCAAAAAGUUCGCCGAGACCGCGAUGAAGUGCGUCGCUGAUCAGGGCAUCGACAGGCCAUCAAUGGGCGACGUCCUGUGGAACCUCGAGUUCGCCCUGCAGCUGCAAGAGAGCGCGGAGGAGAGCGGCAAGGGCUUCGGGGGGGUGGGCAUGGACGACGGAGCUUUCAAUGCCGCAGCCUGCAAAGGGAAGAAGGGUCCCGAUGCAUCCCCUGGUUUCGACAGCAACGUGACCGAUUCAAGAAGCACCGGAAUGAGCAUGAGCAUCGGCGGUCGGAGCCUCGCCAGUGAAGACUCGGAUGGGCUGACUCCGAGUGCCGUGUUCUCUCAAAUCAUGAACCCUAGCGGGCGCUGAACUCGGACGCAUCUUCCGUUCAUCUCUUUGAAAUCUCACUUUCCACGGCAAAAAUGUCGAACAUUCAUGGCACAUUUCGCUUUCCUCAAUCUUCUUAUUCAUUAACUUGCUGUCAAGAUUUCUCUUUUUCCAUCUUUUUCUGGCUUCUGAUAUCAAUUUUCUCCAAGGCAGUUGUUAAUUUGUUUGUUAAACUCUACAUAUCGUAUGAGGAGUGUAAGAUAAUAUGCACCUUUGCUAAAUAUCUCCUUUGAGUUCUAUCCUUAGU